UGAGGGAGCAGAAAGUAAAAUUAAACGGAAGAUACUCCCGCCACGCCAACGCCUGAACGACUACAAGAUGAAGUAAACCAAAACGUGUAAUGUGGUCCCCGCAAAUGCUUGUUCUAGUCCACGUGUCUCUCUCUCCACGUAUUCAAAUCUCUUUACAAUAAAAAAAAAUUAAAUAAAAUAGAAACAAAUUCUUAAAUCCAAAAAUGCCAAACUCUAACCCAAUCAUUACACCCCUUAUUCAAUUAUUCAUUCCCAAAACCAAAAAAACAAAAGAAAAAAAAAACACACUCUCUCUCUAUCUGUCUGCCUGUCUCUGCACACAGACAUGGCCGUUUCUAUCUCUAAAAUCAACAGAGAAAGGAAAAAAAACCCUAAUUUUUGAUUUCUCUUAAUCAAAGAUUUUUUUUAUGGCGAUUGUAACAGGAGAUUUGUACCUGGAAAAGCUAGUACAAUUCGUGGAACAGAACGCAGGUCCAUUGAUCGAAGGUAAUUUAGUGUUGAAACUAAAUCCAGUUGGUCUCCACUACGUCCAAUCACGACUCGAGGCAUUUCAAGAGCUCGAAAAUCUGUUGUCAAAUGCGCCUGUUGAUUAUCUUCGCGCUUACGUCUCUGACCUCGGUGACCAUCGCGCACUCGAGCAACUCCGUCGUAUUCUUAAACUGCUGACGUGUCUUAAAGUUGUUUCCGUUCUGCCUUCUCCUCCUGCUCGUGAUCCUACUCCUUUGAAUUUGGUUCCGUUUGGGAGAUUGAGAAUCUUGGAGCUUCGAGGUUGUGAUUUGUCUACAUCUGCUGCUAAGGGUUUGCUUGAGCUGCGACAUACUUUGGAAAAGAUUACUUGUCAUAAUUCUACUGAUGCUUUGCGCCAUGUGUUUGCAAGUAGGAUUGCAGAGAUAAAGAACUCUCCACAAUGGAACCGAUUGUCAUUUGUAUCAUGCGCAUGUAAUCGUUUGGUUUUGAUGGAUGAGUCUUUGCAACUCCUUCCUGCUGUUGAAACCCUUGAUUUGAGUAGAAAUAAGUUUGCAAAGGUGGAUAAUCUACGCAAGUGUACCAAAUUGAAGCACCUGGACCUUGGGUUUAAUCAGUUGAGAUCAAUUGCACCCUUCAGUGAGGUCUCCUGCCAUAUUGUUAAACUUGUUUUGCGGAACAAUGCUCUAUCUACAUUACGUGGGCUUGAGAAUUUGAAGUCACUUGAAGGGCUUGAUGUUUCCUACAAUAUUAUUUCCAAUUUUUCAGAGCUGGAGUUCCUUUCAAGCCUCCCAUCUCUACAGAACUUGUGGUUAGAAGGAAAUCCAUUGUGCUGUUCCAGAUGGUAUCGAGCACAAGUAUUCAGCUAUUUUAAUCAUGCAGAUACAUUGAAGUUAGAUGACAAAGAAAUAAGCAGAAGAGAAUUUUGGAAGAGGCAAAUCAUAAUUGCCAGCAGACAGAAGCGACCUUCCAGCUUUGGAUUUUAUUCUCCUGCAAAAGAUGAUGCUGAAGCAGAGGGGAGUAUUAUCAGGAAAAGGAGAAAAGUAUCUCGUCUUGCUGCAAUUGAAAGUGAAGAAGAGAGCACAUACUUUUCUUCUGAUCAGGAGUCGCCAUCAUGUGAUAAUGAUAUUCAAAGUAAAGAGGAGAACAACAUAUCUGAUGAGGAAGCUGAAAUAGCUGAUUUGAUCAACAGAGUUGAACUCAUGAAGAAAGAGGAUUCUAUUCUUUGGCUGAGGGAAUUUAAGGAGUGGAUGGAUCAUGAUUCUGAUAAUAUUGUGGAUGGCAGUACAUGUAGUAGGGCUGUAUUGCACCAUAUGAAGGAAAAUCAUCUGAAGAAUAACAAGACAAACCAGAAGCAUCAAGGAAAAAGUUCAAGAUAUGCCUUGAAUUCUCAUGCUUCAGGAGAUGAAACAAGUAAAGAUGUCUUUGAAUCUGACUCUUCCUUUAUAGGUAUGUCUCCACCGGGCAUGGAUGGAUCAAGCCUGAAGUACAGAAAAUCUUCUUGGUAUGAAGGAUUAACCAUCCAAGGAGACCAUAAGUUUGUUGAAAAUGGCAGCUUAUCACCUUUGACUGCAAUAGAUGAUACAACAGAGUCUCAUUCCUCUUCCUCCCUUUUUCACCCUGGGUCUCCUCCUCAUUACCAAGAGGAUAUAUUGCAUCGCCGCCACAAUUUGGUGGAAGAAAUUUUGCAACUAUCUGCAGAGUCUUACUCAGUGGCUUCAUCUGAUAGUGAUACCAGCUCUAGUGAAGACAAAACGAAUUAUUACAGGAAUUCAAUACAUGAUGAUCAGUCACAGAAUGCAGAGUACUUGACUUUGAAUGUUGGACGACGGCCAUCUUCUGAUUUCUUAAAUGAUAAGAAUUAUGACCAGGAAUACGGAUUUCAUCAUGUAAGGGAAAAUGAGAGGUUUUUGUUUGAUCCAAGUGCUGAACAAACCUCUAUUAAAACCAAAACUUCAAAUUCAAACUGUGAUGACUUUUCUUCUAUAUCUUGUGGUGGUGAAAUUGUUCAUUCUGUUGACCAAGAGGCAGGUUGGCUAGAGAAGACAAAAGGUAAACGGAAACCAAGAAAAAGAGUUAUUUUACUAUCAGAAAAUGGGGUUAACAGGACAGGGACAUCAGAAAAACCAAGUCAUAUAGUUACAUAUGGAGCUGAUGAUGUUUCUAGGUGCAAUAUUCAUGAUACUGUUUGUACGAAGCAAUUGCAGACAAAUGCAAUUGCAACCCCAGCAAUUGCAAAUGUUGGUAGAUUUUCGGAUGAUUUUAUUGCGAAGUAUUUUAAUGCAAAUGUUGCAGAUUCCAGAAUCAAUGAGACUUGUAUGCGCUAUAUGUGUUGUGAAUGUGUACUUGAGCCAGAAUCCCUAUACAGAGAAAGAGAAGUAGCCUUAUUACUGAGCAGUGAAAAUAAGUUGUAUGUACUGCUCAUUGGAGUAGCAUUUGAUGGGUCAGGAAAUAUUUUGAGUUUACUGGGUUGGCACAGGGUUGAAGAUGUCAAAGAAGUUUUGGUUGGUGUGGGACUUCAGGCCAUAAGGGUGUACAUUGAGAGGGGAGCAACCUAUCUGUUUCUCACAAGGAGCAUUGAGAAAUCAAGACAAUUACUUUACACACUUCAAGUUCUUGAUCCAUGUGUAACAAAUAAUAAAUGCAUAUUAAGAAGUUUGGAGCAGGUUCAGGUUGAGUUGUUUGAGAAACAAAUAUGUGGAGGUUCAAAGAUGAGCAUAUUCCAAUAUGCUAUGGUGCUUUUUUGCCACAAAGAUAAAGACGAAGCCUGGCUUUCAAGAUCACUCUUUGUUAGUGGCGGGCAUGUGCUUCUGUGUGUUGAAGAACUUAAGCAGUUCAGCUCUCUUUCACUGGAUGCAUCUUCCUCGUAUUUUUCCCUUGAUUCAUGUUGCUCCAUCAGUAACGUAUCUGAGCUGGUCAUCGAGAGUAGCGAGAGUCUGUGCGUUCUUGAACAUGCUACUACAAUGUUGUGCAACUCAUCCAAGGAUCACAAGGAGGCUGCAGCAAGUAACAAGGGAAACACAGCUUCAGGCUCUCAGACAUGGAAGCUCAAGUGGUUCUCAGAAGAGAGUCUAUUAAAUUUUGUAGCAUUGUUGAAGGCAAUUCAUGCAGGGACAUCAAUGUCCCCAUUGCUCAUAAGGCGUGCAUCAUGAUUUUGUAAUUUAGUUUGUUUCAUAUUCUUUUCAUUCUUUUUGGUGUAGGCUUUCAUCUUUUCUCCCUUCUCUUCUUUUCUUUUAAAAAAAAAAAAAAAAGUUAUUUUGGUUUCUUGUAGCCUCAGUCUGACGAUUCAGUAGCUUUCUUUUUAUUGUGAUUCUUUGAUUUGUAUUCUUUUGUAAUUGAUUUUUUUUUUGUCUUGUGUACAAAUUGUACAGUACAGAAUAUAAAAAGAAAAAUGCAUGCUUAUUUCGUUUCUGCUUCUC